GCUGGCGGACCUCUCCCCCGCGGCGGCGCAGGCCACGGCGCACGCCGCGGCGCCCGCGCCGCGGGGCCGCGCCCUGGCGACCGAGCGCCAGUCGUCCGCGAGGGCCAUCGCUGGCGCAGUGGCGGACGGGCGCGAGGCGUGGGCGCGGGUGCACGAGCUGGAGCGGGCCGUGGACGCCGCACGGCUGCAGGGCGAGGCGGCGCUGCAGCGCUGUGCGGAGUUGGAGUCGAUCUUGGAGGCAGAGACCAAGGAGCACAAGGCCGUCAUCGCCGAGGCCCUGGCCGGCCAGGUCCAGCUGCAGGAGCUCGCGGCGCGCGCGGAGGCCGACGCGCGCGGUCGCGUGGAGGCCGCGCGGCGGCUCGCGGAGGAGCGGCGAGGCCACCAGGCGGCCGCGGCGCGCUGCGAGGAGCUGGUCCGCCAGCUGGAUGCAGAGAGGAGUGGCAGGGAGCAGCUGGCCGCCCAGGAGCGCAGCGCCCGCGGCCGGUGCGAGGAGCUCGGGCAGCUUCUCACCGCGGAGCGCUCCGCGAGCCAGAGCGCCGUGGAGCGCGCGCUCCGCGAGCGGCGGCCCUGGCACGCGGAGCGGCGCAGCUCCCUGCGGCGGCCACAGAGGUCCUCGCCGCAGGCCUCGCCCUCCCCGCCGCUUUCGGACGGCGCCGCGCCUCGCGGCGGCGUGGGGGCGGCCGCGCGCGCCCUGGGGCGCCUGCCGCCGCAGGCGUCGCCGGCGCCGGCGGCUGGCCUCGACGCGGCCGUGCCCCUGUCGGGAAGCGGCGGCGGCUCGCCCGCGGCGGCGGCCUGCGCCGAGGAGCUCAUCCGCCGCAAGCUGGAGCUGACCCCCUCGCUGAGCGCCAGGAGCGACUGCGUCUCCGACUCGCCCACCUUCUGCGGGGAGGCCAGCCCCUCGCAGAGCCCCUGGCGGGCGCCGGGCGAGGCCGACGCGCCGGCGCCCGAGGCGCUGCCGGUGGCGUCCUUCGGCUCGGGCUCCUCGCGCGAGGGGGCCGCCCCGCAGAGGGCGCGCUCCCUGGGCGGGCGGGGGCACGG